ACUCACAGUCACGCACUCACUCACUCUACUCCAGCCCAACACUGCCAUGGCUGCCUCCACCAUGUCUGUCUGCUCUGACGCUCGCACCAACUCCUCCUGGCAGGUGGAUGACUGCCCAGAGAGCUGCUGUGAGCCCUGCUGCUGUGCCCCCAGCUGCUGCCAGUCCAGCUGCUGUGUCCCCAGCUGCUGCCAGUCCAGCUGCUGUGCCCCAGCCCCCAGCCUGACCCUCAUCUGCACCCCAGUGAGCUGUGUGUCCAGCCCCUGCUGCCAAUCUUCCUGCUGCACACCCUCAUGCUGCCAGCAGUCUAGCUGCCAGCCAGCUUGCUGCACAUGCUCCCCCUGCCAGCAGCCCUGCUGUGUGACCCUUUGCUGCAAGCCUGUCUGCUGCACACCCAUCUGCUCUGGACCAUGCUGCCAGCAGUCUAGCUGCCAAUCCUCAUGCUGUCAAUCCCCCUGCUGUGUGCCUGUCUGCUGCAAGCCUGUGUGCUGCACACCCAUCUGCUCUGGCUCCUCCUCCUGCUGCCAGCCCUCCUGCUGUGCUCCUGUGUGCUGCAAGCCCUGCUCCAGCCUGUCCCUGCUGUGUCGCCCAGUGUGCAGACCUGCCUGCUGUGUGCCCACCUCCUCCUGUUGUGCCUCCUCCUGCCAGCCCAGCUGCUGUGGCCCAACCUCUAGUGUGUCCCUGCUGUGCCGCCCUGCCUGUUCCUGCAGCACUUGCUGAGGCCUCUCCUUGGGCUAGAAAUCCAACUGCUGAGUGGAUGCUGUUGUCACCCGGGAGCUUGUGAGCUCCCUCUCACUUGACCCCCUGGCUUCUCUGCUAAUAGCCAGAAAUUGUCUACCUUGCUUCUCCAGGGUCUUGCAGGCUCCUUGGCUGUCACUUGCUCACCCCUCCCUCACUUUGGAAGAAGCCCCCUGCUCUUGACUCAUGAAUAUCCUAGUAGGGCUCUUAGUGGCCCUGCUGCUGUGGGGAGCAUGGCCCUCUAUCACCCAGCCCUGUAUGUUCCAAAGCUGAUGCUUUCUGAAGCUGGACUCUCAGCCACCUUCCUGGGUCUGUGACAGGGCUUGACUGUUCUGGCUUCUCAGCCUCUCACCCCUGCCCCGUUCAGCUGCACCUGUCAAACUACAAUAAACUCUUGACAAACUUGA